AUGUCUACCGGGGAGUUGCUUCAACGGUAUCAAGGCCACAUCGUGCCUCAAAGCUACAAUGCUGGCUUCGUCGCCUUGAGCUAUGUCGUCAGCCUUGUUGGUGCCGCUUCGACCCUUGAGCUCAUCAACAGACGAACCGGACUGAGAGGCCUUUUCAACCACCUGCUACUCAUGAGCUCGGCAGUAACCAUGGGUGGAGUGUCCAUCUGGUGUAUGAUGCUUACCGUCCUCAACCAACAGCACUUCAUUGGUAACAGAGCCAUCGAUCUAGCCGAUGGGCAGCCGGAGCUGCAAGUCGCAUAUUCAAGUGGCUUCACUGCUAUAUCAUUCUUCGUUCCAAUCUUGGUUCUUCUUGCUGCCUUCAUGGCCGUUGGUACCAACAAUGUCGUUUCGUGGUGGAGGCUCGUAGCUGGAGGUGUCCUCUGCGGAACUGCUGUAUGCGGCAUGCAUUACCUCGGCAAUGCUUCAAUCAACAACUAUUCAUGCGUUUAUCAACCGGCAUAUGUCAUUGGGUCUGCCAUCAUCGCCAUCGUGGCGAGCAAUGUUGCCUUGGCCAUGUUUUUUGUCUUUCGAGCGAUGUGGGCUAACGCAUGGUGGAAGAGAGUCAUCUCGGCCGUUGUCCUUGCCGGAGCUGUUUCUGGAAUGCAUUGGUGUGCUUCUGUGGGAACACGUUAUCGGUUGAAGGGGAUCAAGCCUAACGGCAACGAACCGUCAAGGACAGGCACUGUUGUCGUUGUCAUCUGCUUGUCACUGGGCGCCUGCUUCAUCAUUGCAACUUCGGCGAUCCUUCGAGCACGAAAUAUGAGAAGGUCCGCUCUUCGUGCCCAGCAAAUCACACUUGCAGCAGCAAUCUUUGACAAGGGGGGGAGGAUCCUUGUUGAUCCCGACGGAUAUAUUCCAAGUACCGUGGUGACCGACUCCUUCUUGGAAAAAAAUUCAAAAGAAGGUUUUAAUACAGGCCACGCGCUCUUCCAUUGGAUGUAUCAAGCAUCGAGGAAUUGGGACAUGAUCUGGAGUCUCGUGGGAGGCAUGAGACAACACGUAUCACAGCUGCCCCAUUCCCGCACCCAUCGGGAUGGUCGACGAGGCAUACAACUCGUUAGUGAACAUGGCGAAACCAUCGAAAACUAUGACAAGAUCUUCAGAGAACUGUUUUGUCUGGCUGCAGCUGCUCUCGCUGAUAGACUUCGUGAGGAUCACACGUCGAUCGGGGUCCUAUGGGACCAGAUCCUUUCGACAGGUGCGAGUGGCAGACGGCCUCGGGCUCAAGCGCGCAAACAGUCCAAUGCAGGAGUAAGUUUGGAAGGGAGUGAUGCCGGUGAGGAAGUCCACAAUAGCCUUGAUAUCACCGAAAAGGGCCUGCAUGUCCGGAACCACGAUUAUGGACGUGGGUCACUUAUGUUCCUCGUCCGCCGCUCGGAGUCUGAUCGUGACACUGAACGCUUGAUCUCGGCUGGCUACCGGUUUGCUGAGUUGCACCAAGUCAGCGAUAUCAUCAAAUCAAGCAUGCAGAUCCAAAGCCCCGAGUUUGAGACCAAGCUGAGAGAGAUGGCGACUUACACGAGUGAGCACAAUCACAUUUGCCAAGGAGCCCAUAUGGGCUUCUUUGCCGUUCGAGCCCGCGUCAGUUCAGGCUUCGAAGUCCUCGUGAGGAAAGGCGCACCACAUUUACUUCCGAGUAUGCCCUUCCCAUUCAAGAACCUCGAGGAUUGGCACGUGAACUACCUGAGAAGAUUUGAGAACGUUCCAGUAUCCAAGAUUGUGGAAAAGUGCAAGGAGGACUCCCAGCGCAACGACCGAGAGGCCGUGUUUGCCGGGCAACUUGCAGAUACCAUCAAGGCUUUGCGAGAUUUGACACAAGAGCCCUUGCUCGAGGAUGCUCUUCUCACAUCAACACCAUUUCCCAUUCCCUGUCGCGGGGAUGAGAAGCGAUCGGAAGCAACGAUGAUAGCAGUGCGACUGGUAAUUCCCAUACAUUCUGUACUGUCGAGUCCCAACUGCGAGUUCGUUCCCUUAAGCUUUUUCAGAAUGCGUCAAGUGUCGGCCCAGUCUUAUCAAGAAUUCACUCGAGGACUGCACCAAGAGUUCGGCCACAUUGCAGAAUCAAUGGGUCACCACCGACGUUCUGGUGACGUUACAGUUCACGUUUCGUCAAGUCGAUGGCCUUUCGGACGGGCACAUACGUCGCGUGGUACACGAGCCAAAGGGAUGUCUGCCUCGAUUGCUGCUGGACGUCGGAUUUCCUUGGUCGACUCGGCACAAUCCAGCUCGACCAUCAAUCUCUGCCCGGCAAGAAGCACCAUGCGAAACCAAUCAGUCGACUCAACAGGAGGGUUGGGGAUGUAUUCAGCUCGGCAAGAGGCAACCUCAAUAGCGCCAUCAUAUGGUGGUAUCAUGGUAUUCCAAGAGAUCACUGUGGACGUGCAAGAAGGAACUGGCACGGCUGAGAGGAAGCCAAGCAACGGUUCUGAUACUAACACUUUAAUCGCCGAAAAGACGGUAUCUAGACCGCAACCAGUAGCAAACAUCGAGAUGCAGUCAAUGGGACACUUUGGAACCAAUGAUGUUGGUACACAGUUAUCCAACGAUAUCGAGGCGGGUAAAGGGGGGCACAGUCAGGUUACGUGCUUUGUCGAUGUGCUGUUUGCAAAGACAGUAGAGAGCCGUUAA